UCCUGUUCCACUCAGCUUCUCACAUGCCAUAUUCUAAUAUAUUCUUCCAAGUUUGAUACUCUUCAUUCCCUUCAAAUCAGUAAAUCUGCUUACUAUUUAUGCCCCGUCUGAGCACCAUGUGAGGUUAUAUUAUGGAUAUCACAAAAGAAUGAGUCCUCUCUCUUUAGGAGCUUCCUAUUUUGAAGGGGGAAGAGGACUGGAGAUAGGAGUGCAUCCUGAGUGAGGGAAUAAGAAUCACAGAAUUUGAGAAUAACUAGAGCCUGUUUGUAUGAUUGAGUCUCUUUCACAGAGAGUCAGAUGCAGAGACACAGAGUCUCUUUUGUUUGACCUAGGGUAAAUAACUUCCCAAUGUUCCUGAAUUUCCUCAUCUUUAAAAUGACAGAAUGGCUGGUUGCUAAAGUCUCAUGUCUCCAAAUAUGUGAUUUUAGGAUAACCUUCCUAAAAACUUACUUAAAACUUAGUCUUCAUUAACUCCCUAUUGUAAAUUCCUCAAAACACUCCACCAUCUAGCUACAACUUGUCUCUUUGUCUUGUUCCCAAUUCAGUCAUUCAAAUGUGUCUACUGUGCAAAAAACUACAAAAGGUACAUGAGGAUUAAAUAAUGUAUGGAGGGGCAGAAAACAAGUAUUUAUUAACCAUCUACACAAAAACCUAUGCAAAAGCAUUAGUAAAGCACUAUGCUAGGAGCUUUACAAAUACUAUAUCAUUUGAUCCUCAUAAUGAUUCUGGGAGGUAUAGGUGCUGUUAUUUCAUUUUUACAGUUGAGGAAACUGAGGCAGACAUGUAAAACAGUUUGCUCAGGGUCACACAACUAGUAAAUAUUUUAAGCUAGAUUUAAAUUCGGGUCUUCCUGACUCUAGCCCCAGUAUUUUAUCUGUUUGUACUACCUAGCUGAUGAAGAAACUGAGACCCAGAGAGUUAAGUUGAUUUAGUUAAACUGGAAUUCAUGCUAUUCCCAUGAAUAAGAGAAGUAUGGAUUAGACUACCAGACAAUUAGGUAAAUUUGGAAUUGACUUAAUGACUGAGCUAAAAAGAAUAGUUGAUUAAUGGAAUGGUGUCAAUUAGAAGGGAUGUCUAUGGUGGAGCAUUCCAGGGAUCUAUCCUUAUCCUGCCUGCACUGUUCAACAUUUCUUUAAAUUGUAUGGGUGAUGGUGACAUGCUUAUUAAAUUUUCAGACAAUAGAAAUUUGAAAUAAUUAACAUUAGAUCACAGUCAAAAUCCAAAAAUUAUCUUUGGUCCUGCAUCUCAAAAUGUAGGGAAUAGUAUGAAAAUUCAAGAAAGAAGUAAAAGUUAUAUUUCUAUCCUUGCUAUCUAGGGGAGGGAGUGGGAGGAAGGGAGGGGAAAUUGGAACAAAGGUUUUGUAAGGGCUAAUGUUAAAGAAUUGUCCACGCAUAUGUUUUGAAAAAUAAAAAGCUUUUAAAAAUAAAGGGAAAGAAGAUGGCCUGGAGUAGGAAUUCUUAAUUUGUUUUGUUACAGACCACUAGCCAUCUGAUGUAGCUUAUGAACUCCUCAGAAUAAUGUCUUUAAAUGCAUAAAACAAAAAAAAACCAAGUUAUAUUGAAAUGCAGCAAUAAAAAAAUUUCAAAAAACAGAUUCAUGGACCCUAGGUUAAGAAUUCCUGGCCCCAGGACUCAACCUUUUGCCUUCUUCAGCUUUUUAUAGGACCUUUUUAUUGGAGUACUAUAAACCCAUAGAUUGGCCGCCCUAGAUUGGUAGUGUGAUAGGAGAGAGGCAGCUAUGCCAACCAAACCAGAACCUUAAGAGGGUGUGAAUAUUGGCCAUAUUCUUGGUCAGUGUUCUCUAAUGGGAUCCAUAGGAAGGGAAGGUUACCUGACUCUUUUAUUGCGAUCUUACACAUUGUGACAUUUUAGGGGCUCAAGGGACAUGGUUAAAAGAAGGAAUGUUGGUGCUUUUUUGUGUGCUGAACAUGCCUGCAUUGUACUGAAAUGGAAAAUUUGAUAGUGUUCUCAAAAUCUCUAGUCUUUUUAUUAUUAUUAUCAUUAUAGGUUUUUGUUUAUAAGAUAUAUGUAUGGGUAAUUUUUCAGGAUUGACAAUUGCAAAACCUUUUGUUCCAAUUUUUCCCCUCUUUCCCCCCACCCCCUCCCCCAGAUGGCAGGUUGACCAAUACAUGUUAAAUAUGUUAAAGUAUAUGUUAAAUACAAUAUAUAUACACAUGUCCAUACAGUUAUUUUGCUGUACAAAAAAAUCAGACUUUGAAAUAGUGUACAAUUAAUCUGUGAAGGAAAUAAAAAAUGCAGGCGGACAAAAAUAGAGGGAUUGGGAAUGCUAUGUAGUGAUUCAUACUCAUUUCCCAGAGUUCUUUCUCUGGGUGUAGCUGGUUCAAUUCAUUACUGCUCUAUUAGAACUGAUUUGGUUCAUCUUGUUGUUGAAGAGAGCCACUUCCAUAAGAAUCAUCCUCAUAUAAUAUUGUUGUUGAAGUAUAUAAUGAUCUGGUCCUGCUUAUUUUGCUCAGCAUCAGUUCAUGUAAGUCUCUCCAGGCUUUUCUGAAAUCAUCCUGCUGGUCAUUUCUUAUAGAACAAUAAUAUUCCAUAAUAUUCAUAUACCACAACUUAUUCAGCCAUUCUCCAAUUGAUGGGCAUCCACUCAGUUUCCAGUUUCUGGCCAUUACAAAAAGGGCUGCCACAAACAUUCUUGCACAUACAAGGGUCCUUUUCCCUUCUUUAAAAUCUCUUUGGGAAAUAAGCCCAGUAGGAACACUGCUGGGUCAAAGGGUAUGCACAGUUUGAUAACUUUUUGAGCAUAGUUCCAAAUUUUUCUCCAGAGUGGCUGGAUGUAUUCAUAAUUCCACCAACAAUGUAUCAUCAGUGUCCCAGUUUUCCCACAUCCCCUCCAACAUUCCACAUUGUCUUUCCUUGUCAUUCUAGCCAAUCUGACAGGUGUGUAGUGGUAUCUCAGUUGUCUUAAUUUGCAUUUCUCUGAUUAAUAAUGACUUGGAGCAUCUUUUCAUGUGGCUUGAAAUAGUUUCAAUUUUAUUAUCAGAGAAUUGUCUGUUCAUGUCCUUUGACUAUUAAUUGGAGAAUGGCUUGAUUUCUUAUAAAUUCUUAUAAAAAUCACAAUAAAAACGUAGUAUAUAUUUUAGAAAUGAGGCCUUUAUCAGAAUCUUUGGCUGUAAAAAUGUUUUCCCAGUUUGUUGCUUCUCUUCUAAUCAUGUCUGCAUUAGUUUUGUUUGUACAAAACCUUUUCAGUUUGAUAUAAUCAAAGUUUUCUAUUUUGUAAUCAAUAAUGAUCCCUGGUUCUUCUUUGGUUACAAAUUCCUUCCUCUUCCACAGGUCUGAAAGGUAAACUACCUGUGUUCUUCUAAUUUAUUUAUAAUCUCAUUCUUUAUGCCUAAGUCAUGAACCCAUUUUGCACUUAUCUUGGUGUACAGUAUUAAGUGUGGGUCGAUGCUUAGUUUCUGCCAUACUAAUUUCCAAUUUUCCCAGCAGUUUUUGCCAAAAAGUGAAUUAUUAUCCCAAAAGCUAGGGUCUUUGGGUUUUGUCAAACACUAGAUUGUUAAAGUUAUUGACUAGUUUGUCCUUUGAAUCUAACCUAUUCCACUACUAGUCUAUUUCUUAGCCAGGACCAAAUAGUUUUGGUGACUGCUGCUUUAUAAUAUAAUUUUAGAUCUGAUACAGCUAGGCCACUUCCAUUUGAUUUUUUUUUUUCAUUAGUUCCCUUGAAAUUCUUGACCUUUUGUUUUUUCAUAUGAACUUUGUUAUUUUUUCUAGAUCAUUAAAAUAGUUUUUUGGGAGUCUGAUUGCUAUAGCGCUAAAUAAAUAGAUUAGUUUAGGCAGUAUUGUCAUCUUUAUUAUAUUUGUUCGCCCUAUCCAAAAGCAUUUAAUAUUUUUCCAAUUGGUUAGACCUGACUUUAUUUGUGUGGAAAGUGUUUUGUAGUUUUGCUCAUAUAGUUCCUGAUUUUUCCUUGGCAGAUAGAUUCCCAAAUAUUUUAUACUAUUGGUAAUUACUUUAAGUGGAAUUUCUCUUUGUAACUCUAACCGUUGGAUUUUGUUAGUCACAAUCUCUAGUCUUAAAAUGCACUAAAUAUGUCUUUACCAGCUCAGUCAAUUGCAGCCCUCCCUGGGAUUAUGAGACAAAUCAUUACUGAAUCAGAAUUCAGUAAAAUGUAGCUUCACAAACUCUGAUUUGGGGAGGUUAGAAUGGAAUUGGGGCGGGGGUGAGAGGAAGCUGUAUAUCUCAAAAUGUGAAACUUGGAAGGAAAUUUAAAGAUUAUAUAGUUUUAUACAGGAAAUAACUUGCCCAAGAUGGUAAUUUAGUGGCAACAUCAAGUUUAGGACCCAUCUCCUAACCCCAUCUAGUGAUCUUUAAAUAUCAUUCUAUAGAGUUGUGUGAUUUUUAGAUGCUGAUUUUCCUUUUUCUCUUUCCUCAAGUUGUGAUCAAUGGCUGUUUCAGUGUCCCCUCUUCUUCCUUCAAACUGCUAUCCUUGAUUGUUCAUCUGUUAUGAUCUUCAAGAUUAGUUUAAAAGAAAACGUCCAUUCAAAGGAUGAACCUUUGUGGAUUGUGAGUCAGCAUUGAAUGUUAAGCCCAUUACUAGUAAGUUAGUUCCCUGAUCAGAAGGUCCAGGGUCUCUAGCUUUAUCAUUUAUUCUAUAGUUAGAUGAGGCAAAUAGAAUGAUUUUUUAGGGCUGGAGUUGAUCAAAAUCAAGAAAGGGAAUGUACUUUGUAGUAUUACAUUCAGUCCUGGAACUACAUUUUAGGAACAUUAACAAGCACCAGAAGAAGGUGACCAAGAUGGUAAAGUGGCCUAAAAAACCAUCCUAUGAAAAGGAAAGUAGUUUUAAGGAAUUGGUUAGAGAAGAUACAAUACUGGUGAGGGAAGCUUGUAUUGAAGAACAAUCAGACUUACUCUGAUUUGAUUGAGAGUGAAAAAGGUAAAAGCUUUAUUUUACCUCAAUGAAGGGACAAAUUUUAUAGUAGAACUGUCUAAAAGUGAAAUGAAUUGCCUUUGUAAUAUUGAGUUCACCUCUGGUAGAAGUCCUCAAUAAGCAUAGAAGAGCACUUGAAUUAUAUAAAUUAUAAGUAAAUAAUCUCUAAAGUGUUCUAGCUGUGAGUUUAGGCUUUGAUUGAAACAAAUGUAAAAUCUGAUCCUAGCUGUUAUUGGAGGUGCUCUAAAGCCAGCAUUCUCUUAAUUUAGGUUCAAUGUUGGGACAAAACGAGGCACUUGCAAGUUAAUGAACAUUUAACAAAGGAAGAGUUUUUCUUUGCCCUUGUAUAGCAAGUCUAUGCAACAAGGAUACAUUGGCUCCUAGCUUCCCUGGAUGUAGAUCCUUUUCUCCAUCAAGAAACUCAUCUGGUCAGUCACUCAUUAGGGCAUAGUGACUAUUAAACAUGUUAAAAUAUAUCUUAAAUACAAUAUAUGCAUACAUAUUUAUACAGUUCUCUUGUUGCACAAAAAAAUCGGAUUUAGAAAGGUAAAAAUAACCUGGGAAGAAAAACAAAAAUUCAAGCAGUCCACACUCAUUUCCCAGUCUUCUUUAGCUGGGUGUAGCUGGUUCUGUUCAUCACUGAUCAAUUGGAAUUGAAUUAGAUCCUCUCAUUGCCGAAGACAGCCACUUCCAUCAGAAUUGAUCCUCAUAUAGUAUUGUUGAAAUGUACAAUGAUUUCCUGGUUCUGUUCAUUUCACUUAGCAUCAGUUCAUGUAAGUCUCUCCAAGUCUCUCUGUAUUCAUCCUGCUGGAAUGACUAUUCUCUUUAGCAAAAGGUAAAUUUAUUUAGGAAAAAGGUUGCAGACAAAAUGGAGUACAAUAGACACCGGAAUGGUAAAUAUGAAAUGGAGUGGGAGAGCAUGUGAAAGACAAGUUCCUCAGGGGAACUCACAAUUACUUGAUAGAAAGUAAGCACCCCAUGAGAUUGGAGUAUGUCCUUAGCUGCCAAUUAAAUUCUGAAAGGAACUUAGCACCCUAAAAGAGCUGAAAGGAGAAAUAGGGGUGGGAAGUAGAGUGGAGUUAGGGGAGAUACCAUGUAGCAUGAGGCAUCGUGCUAUUGCUGAUUUAGCCAAAGGAGGGCAGUAGCCAUGGGAUGGCCCAUAAGUAGAUUUUAAAGGGAAAUUUUAACCUCGGGGACAUAACUGGGAUUUCUGUCAGAACAUGGCAAUGUGAAACUACUUGAGACCUCUACAGAGGGUGGGUCUCAGGGAUUUGACAUAACUUGAAUUUCAGACUAGACGAUCUCCCCAGAGAGUGGGACCAUGGAGCUAAACUAUCUUCUAAACCUUCUGCCUGCUUGCCCCAGGGAUCAAUUCCUCUACUAACCACAUCUAAUAUUGAAAUCAUCAAUGCUUCAUCAAUCAUCCUUCAUCAUCAAUCCUUCAAAUACUUGAAUACAAUUAUAUUCUCCCUAAGUUUUCUUUUCUAUAGGCUGAACAUGUCCAGCCCUUCACUGGAUAUAACAUGAAUCCAUAGCCCUUCAUGAUUGCUUCUGUGACCUUUACCCAAAUUAAAAUCAGAGACUCUCAAGGUAAAAAGCAAGAAGCUUUCAUUGGGCUCUCACAAGCAAGGCAACUCUCAAAAAACAAGAUGUGGCAAGAGAAGUGCAUAGCACAAUCUUCCAAUAGGAUUAUAUAGACCCUAAUGCUGAAGCCCCGACUCCCUUCUAAUCUUUUUUUCCUUUGGCUGGGGGAGUCCAGGCUUACAUCCUAACUCAGAAAUCUACCCAGAGAUUAAAAAUUUACCCCAGAAACAAAGGAUACUAGCUAAGGAUAUACUCUUUACCCUUUUAGGAGCUUAAUGCUAAUGAAAAGGUGGGGGUCAAGGUCAAGACAGGAAGGAAAUGUAACUUUAUUCUUUUUCUUUUUUUUUUUUAAAUUUUUAAUAGCUUUUCAUUUACAAGUUAUAUGCAUGGGUAAUUUUACAGCAUUGACAACUGCCAAACCUUUUGUUCCAAUUUUUCCUCUCCUUCCCCCCACCCCCUCCCCUAGAUGGCAAUGCGGAAGUACAAGUGUAAAUUCCUGAGAAAUGUGAUUUAUUGCUGGGCAUUUAGGGGCAAUAGGAGGCUAGACUGUAAGAAGUGAUAUGAGACUUGGGAAGGAAUGGGAGUUUGAAUAGGGAGGUUACAAAGAAUGGUAUAAGGAUCUGCUCUCCCUUGCGGGGGAGUUAGUAUAGAUCUGGCAGGCCUUCUUUCCCCAAGAAUAACAGGUAGGCCGGCAAAGCUCUUUACUCUAACUACAAUUCCCAGCAUACUCUGAAAAGUAGUGAGCUCCUGAAGCAUGCUGGGACGUAUGGUUUGCUGGAGAGGCAGGUCAGGAAUCUAGCUUCUAUUACCCCGGAUGACCAUGAGGAGAUCGCGAGAAGGGGAGGUUAUGCCAAACUCCCAAAUCGACGGCACAUUACCCGCCCCCCCAUAUACUGUAAUAGUUUUAGCAGAUCCUCUUCUUGAGGAGGCAUUCCCCCUAUUCCGUCUUCAAGUUUCCCGCAGGUCUCGCCCUUUCUUUGAAAAGCCAAUCGCGGCUGCGGAUUGUGGCUAAGUGGCCUAUCCGCAACGACUUUAGCGCCUGCGUGGGCGGGGAGACUAAUCUUCAUUGCCUGUUGUUGGGUGAGCGUAUCCAAGGCAGAUUUGCGCAUGUGUGAACUCCCUUCCCGCGAAUUGCCGCUCGCCUAGGAGACCACGGCAGUUCCCCCUGCGCUCCCAGGCUUGCCGAACGUCGAAUCUGGAAAAUCCUUGAGAAAUACUCAGGCGGUGGCCGGGAACAGCAUGUCCCCAGGCCCCACUGCGCCCCAGGCUCACCCUGGCUGCCUGCGCCUGUGGAGGGAGGAAAAUGAUCAACUGGUCCAGCAGUGGAGGCAGGUGGUAGCUCAGGACUCGGGGCAGUCCUUGAAGCAGCAGGCUGCUCAUCAUGUCCUAGACAGACUCCGGGGGCUCCUCCACAGGCUACAGGGGCUCCCUUCAGCUCUUUCUGUCCUUCCUCUGGAGCUGACUGUCUUGGCUAAUACCCUGACCCUGGGAGCUGGCUUGACCCAGCGAUUCAUGAAGGAUCAUGCUCUGGACAUCCAUCGGGGCCUGGAAAGGGUGCUGGAUGCUAUAGGGGCGCCAUUGCCCCAGUCAGGGGACCUAUGGAAGGCCAUUUUUCAAAGCCCCUUCAUAACUCCUGAGAUGCUUCUUCCCCUACACCUCUUGGUGGGAUUACAAGGGGCCUUAUGGCUGACAGAUAACCAUCCUGGAGACUUAGCUAUACUCUUAUGUACCGUGUUGAGGAGACAGUACGAAGAGAGUGGGGUUCCUCUCCUUGAACCUACUGAAGACUUGCUGUCAUUGCUAAGUAUGUGGAAUCCCCCUAUUGGAGAGUUGGAUGCUCCAGUGAUCCUCCAGGAUGCCAGGAGUCUGAGGGAUGUUCUUCUUACGACAGCUGCAUUCCUCCAAGGGCUUCAUGAGCUUCAUGUGGGGAACUUGCUGUUAGCCUUGAGCAGCCUACAGAAAGCAGCAUUGAGCCUGUGCCCCCGCCCUGUGCUAGCCCAAGUCCACACAGCCUUGGGAGCCUGCCUUCGGAAAAUGGGCCAUCCACAGAGGGCAUUGCUGCAUCUCCUUGAGGCUUUGAAGGCAGGCCCAGGCCAAGGACCCCCUCUCCUGGAGGCUGCUCGACUCUAUCGACAACUUGGCCACACCACAGCUGAGUUGGACAGCUUAAGGCUACUAGUAGAGGCUUUGAGUAUUCCUCAAAACUCCAAGCCAUCCUUGUUCCCUAUUGGGGUAGAGCUUCUGAUUCCUCCACCCAGCCCUGCCUCCUGCCUAUACUCUGGGACUCAGAGCCAGGCCAGAUACCUUCUUGCAAGUCGUUGUCUCCAGACAGGCAGGAAUGGAGAGGCUGUGGAGCAAUACUUGGACCUGCUGGCCUUGUUGCUGGAUGGACCAAUGUCACAGGGCAUGCCGUGUUCUGUGUUCCUGUCUGGUGGCUCUCAAGUUCCCCGUUUAUCCGAGGUCUUCCUGGAGACAGCAGCGGCCCUGAUUAUUGUGGGCAGAUUCCAUGAUUCCCUGACUGUGUGUGAGGAGCUGCUUAGCCGAAUAGUACUUUUGGUUCCUCAGAAACUCUGGCUGGGUCAAGGAGGGGCUAGCUUCAAGCCUUCUCUAUCCCCAGCCCCACCUCCUUCUGAGAACCCCUCAGAGCGUCUGUGCUGCCUCUUGUGGGCCUCAGCUGCCCACUUGCUUCAGGGUCAGGCCCAUGCUGGGCUGGGAGCCCGGAAAGAAGCCUUGGAGGAGUUUAGCAGGUGCCUUGAGUUACUCUUCCGGGUGCAGCCUAUGGGCAGAGCUGUAGACCAAGAUGCAGGUGGAGAUAUAGGCCAAAGUUUGAAUGGAGGUUACCGAAAUGCUUCCUUACAUCUGCUGCAUGUCCUAUGGAGGCUAGAGCGGAAGGAUGAUGCUAUUGCAAUCUAUCAGAAGCUAGAGGCUGAGGCUGACCAGCAACAGGAUGACUCUGAGGGUCUUCUCCCCCAAUACUUAGAGUCCUGUAUGAACUGCAUUGGAAUCACUGAGCAGGAGUCCCUCUUGCAAGAACUUCGGAAAUCACUACAGAGGCCUUCUAGCCCUUAAUGGUCAUUCAGUCCUGGCUUCCCACGGAUCUUCUCUGUUUGAGCUUCUCUCCUAGUUCAGUUUAGGGGGAUGGCUAGGGCUUCAGUAGGCUGGAGAAAGCCAUGUCCCUGGUUCCUUACAUGUCUUUUUGGUCAUUCUCCUUCAACACUCAAAGUGAGGAAAUGAUAGGGAUAAAGAGAAAAAUAAUCAUAGUUUACUCUAUCCCCUUCCCAUAUGUGUAUGUGUGUAAUAUGUAUGUAUGUGUCUUUCUGUCACUAUUGUUUUGGUACCUAUUACCUCCUUUUUUCCAGUAAAAUUUUUUAUUGGCCCAUCUUUUUAUACUAUCUGUCUUUGGCAUAUAAAUGCUGGGAAUUCUGGUCUCUGGACACUGGGCCACAGCCCCUUUAUCUGAUGUGAUAUAUUCUGAUGAUACUGGAAGUGCAAGGGACUCUAAUGGAAAUAGAGACUCACUUCUCCCCCUCUCCCCCAUCUUUACUUGAUUUCUUCCUUCCCUUAGCUCGUAAGCAAUAAUAUUUGUGUUUUAUGGUGAUCAGUUGGUCAAUAAAUAAAUAUUUAUUAAUUGAA